AUGCAUCGUCUUUUUGCUGAGCUGGAGCCAUCUUUAAUCGUCACAGAGCAAAACCUGGCAGACCGAGUUCGGUAUAUCUUGCGCUCAAAUAUAUUUGAUGUCGCCGAACUCGAACGGCUACGACGUGAGGCUGUUCCCUCGUCGGAUGAGAAUGCUACGGCUGAGGAUGCGGCGCCACAAAUGGUAGAGCAACCCGCAAACGUGGAUGCCGCCGUGAAUACCCCAGUUGUGGUUGAUUCAAACGAUGAUGGAACAGUCGCCCAGGAACUGGAAUUAGAGCAUAUGAGGAGUAUAUUGGAAGAGGCGAUUGUGGAAACGCGCAGUACGCCUCUCGAAAAUCGACCGCGACUUCCCCGCAUAGCCCUAAGCAAGCGGAAUCGGGCUGUCGUGAGGGCUCUGAACCCAAUGCUGGUUACCUAUUUGGAAGCCAGCCGGGACCUUUGCGAGACGGACUCAAUUCUUUUUGGCGCCGCGCUGGCAGUCUGCCGUAUCAUAGGCGCCAAGGUUUCCACGGCUGGACGCGCUACUGGCCAUAGUAGCGCUAUCCCAGCAUGGAGAAGAAGAAUUGAGGAACGUAUCGCAAAGGCUAGAGCUCUCAUCGGCAGACUGAUAUGCUUCAGAUCAGGCAACAACAGGCCAAGAAUUGUGCGCACCGUCAGGAUGGCGUUUGCUGGGACAAAUGUCAGUUUGUCCCAGCCGCAUAUAACGCAAAAACUGACGGAGCGCAUAGAUGAUCUGAAGCAGAGAAUCGCUGCUUGGGGAAAGCGGAUUCGGCGAUAUACCGAGAGGUCGACACGGUUCAACCAGAAUCGUCUCUUCCAGAGUGAUCAGAAGAGGCUCUAUGAAUCAUUGGAGCGACCAAUGGUAAGUGGAACGGGUCCAGCACCGGAUCAGGCCGACACUGUAGCAUUCUGGCGCGGCCUGUGGUCAGAGCCCGUAAACCACAGCGAGGGCCCUUGGACGGAAGUUGUGGCGAGUCAGUGUGCGGGUAUUACGCCCAUGGACCCCGUCAUCAUAACGCCGGAUGACGUAGCUGAGGCGGUUCGUAGGGCCCCGAACUGGAAAAGUCCGGGGCUUGACGGGCUGCAUCACUACUGGCUGAAGGGGUUCAUGGUGUGUCACUCUGUGCUCGCCCGACAGUUUCAAGAGGCUCUCAACCAGAAGUCGCUCCCAAGCCUCUUCACUACUGGGAUCACUCAUUUAGUUCCUAAAGACCAGGGUACCACAGACCCGAGCAAAUACCGCCCCAUCACGGAAUUGACGACCCCAUCGCCCGCUGACGUAACAGUUACGGUAUGUGACAAAACUACUACGUCGGCGCAGUCAGUCAGCGCCCUGCCAAGAGGUGUGAGCGCCGUGCCUAGGCAAAAUUGUGGGUGCAAAGGUCCGUUUGUGCAUAUGACCGAACCACGAAACGGUGCCGGGCUUGGGCGUCUCCCGUUAUUUGGCGCCCAUAAAUGGAUGAUGGUACAAAGAGGAACGCGCAUAGGGCCGCUGCCUGGGGGUCGCCGGGGCGCGUCUGGAGCUGGCGCUGGACGCGGCAGCAUGCGGGCCGCCAGCCGAGCGCGAGGAGCUGUACGAUCACCUAGCAGCCCUCCGCAUCCAUCAUCCCCACCAGAAGGCUUGGUGUCGGCUGGGUCUUCUCGGACUCAGCAAGCGGCACCCGCCGCUGGUGGAGCACGUCGCAUGCGUUGGUCACAAACAAUGAACGCAAACGCACUGCGGGCGUACUUUAGGGCAAAAGGGGAAGAAACCGGAUGUUUGGCAUAUCGGGCUCGGAUGCAUCGCUUUUUUGCAGAGCUGGAGCCAUCUCUAUCCGUCACUGAGCAAAACCUGGCAGACCGAGUUCGGUACAUCCUGCGCUCCAACAUAUUUGGUGACGCCGAACUCGAACGACUACGACGUGAGGCUGUUCCCUCAUCGGAUGGAAAUGCUACGGCUGGGAAUGCGGCGCCACUAAUUGCGCAGCAAACUGCAAAUGUGGACGCUGCCGUCAAUAUUCCAUUUGUGGUUGAUUCAGACGAUGAUGGAAUAGUCCCCCACGAACUAGAGAAAAUGAGGAGCAUAUUGGAAGAGUCGAUGCUGGAAACGCGCAGCCUGCCUCUCGAAAAUCGACCGCGCCUUCCCCGCAUACCCCUUAGCAAGCGAAAUCGGGCUGUCGUUCGGGCUCUUAACCCAAUGCUGGUGACCUAUUUGGAAGCCAGCCGGGACCUUUGCGAGACGGACUCUAUUCUUUUUGGCGCCGCACUGGCAGUAUGCCGUAUUAUUGGCGCCAAACUUCCCAUGGCUGGACGUGCUACUCAACAAGGUAGUGCCAUCCCAGCCUGGAGAAAAAGAAUCGAGGACCGUAUCGCAAAGGCAAGGGCCCUUAUCGGCAGACUGACAAGCUUCAGGUCGGGUAAUAUUAGACCGAGAGUUGUGCGCACCGUUAGAAUGGCGUUUGCUGGGACAAAUAUUAGUUUGUCCCAGCCGGAUAUCACGCAGAAACUAACGGAGCGCAUAGAUGACCUGAAGCAAAAAAUCGCUGCUUGGGGGAAGCGGAUUCGACGAUUUAGCGAGAGGUCAAGGCGGUUCAACCAAAAUCGUCUCUUCCAGAGUGAUCAGAAGAGGCUCUAUAAAUCAUUGGAGCGACCAGAGGUAUGUGGAGCGGGCCCAGGACCGGAUCAGGCUGACACUGUCGCAUUUUGGCGUGGCCUGUGGUCAGAGCCCGUAAACCACAGCGAGGGCCCUUGGAUGGAAGUUGUGGCGAGCCGGAGUGCAAGUGUUACGCCUAUGGACCCCGUCACCAUAACGCCUGAAGACGUGGCUGAGGCGGUCCGUAGGGCCCCGAACUGGAAAAGUCCGGGGCUCGACGGGCUGCAUCAUUACUGGCUGAAGGGGUUCGUAGUGUGUCACGCUGUGCUCGCCCGACAGUAUCAAGAGGCUCUCGAUCAGAAGUCGCUCCCGAGCCUCUUCACUACUGGGAUCACUCACUUGGUUCCUAAAGAUCAGGAUACCACAGACCCGAGCAAAUACCGCCCCAUCACAAAAUUCAUUCCACUCCACAUAAUCGAAGAAGACAGUUACGAGAAAGACGUUUUAUUUUACGUCAACCUAGGUGACCCGGAGCUGAUGGGCGCCGAGCACCUGGUGACUCUGCCUGAGGAUGAGGCGGUCGUUGCUAUGAUGGGUUUACCCCGAGCUGGUGAAAUCACACGAGCUCAACUGAGAGUAAAAGAGAGUAAAGAAUUUAAGAAUACAGUAGAUAAAUUAGUACAAAGAGCAAACGCCUCAAUCAUUAUAGGUACUUCAUCGUGGAAAGAGCAAUUCACAGAAGCUAUAACAGCUAGCUCAGGCUCAGAUGAUCCCGACGAGCCUACUUCCUGGUCGGAUUAUGUCCUUCAUAUCAUCACAUUGUUUUGGAAAAUAAUUUUUGCGUUUGUCCCUCCUACGGAUAUUGGCGGUGGUUACGUCUGUUUUGUGGUGUCCAUCAUUUGCAUCGGACUUGUGACAGCGGUAAUCGGUGAUGUGGCGUCACACUUCGGUUGUACUUUGGGUAUCAAAGACUCAGUUACUGCUAUAGUUUUUGUUGCUCUGGGGACUAGUAUACCAGAUACAUUCGCCAGUAAAGUAGCAGCGAUCCAAGAUAAAACAGCGGACGCAUCUGUGGGCAACGUGACAGGUUCCAACGCCGUUAAUGUGUUCCUCGGUAUAGGAGUCGCGUGGACUGUCGCUGCCAUAGUCCAUUGGACACGCAACGAGAAAUUCCACGUCGAACCUGGAAAUCUAGCAUUUAGUGUAACGAUGUUCUGCUCUGAAGCUGCACUUGUAGUUAUAGUGCUCAUCUUGAGGCGGAGAAAAUCUAUCGGAGGAGAGCUCGGUGGACCUCGCUGCAUGAAGGUCACUACUGCUAUAUUCUUCUUCUCUUUAUGGUUGAUCUACCUCAUCUUAUCCGGUUUAGAAGCUUAUGAUGUUAUCCAAGCAAGAUGGCCACUACUACUUCUAAGGAUCAUACUAGUGAAACCACUCCCUCCCUCCUACGGGGAAAUAACCAACAUCGAUACUUUUGUCACGACGAUACAAAAACUUUCUGACUGCAUUACUAAAGCGGUCUCUGACGGCAAGUCAGUCACCGCCGCAAAGAAGAGACUCAUCAACCUAGCUGCCGAGGAGAUCAGAAGGUGUGGGCAUAAACUGACAAGCAUGUCUACAGUGCUUGCCCCCGCCAAUAACCCCCCCUCCCAGAGUAACAUGAACAGCGACUUGAAGGCUGACAUCGUCGCCUGUGUCAGGAGCGAGAUGGCCAAACUAAAGGGCCAAAUAACCACGCAGCUUCAACAGCAGGCACGGCCUGCCUCAUACGCCCAGGCCGCUGCGACCAGCAGUUGGCCGGGCUCUCUUCCCAGCGUGACCACUAUGCCACCAGCCCACGGUACAUCUAACAACAAGCCGGCCAUCGUGGUGACCCCAAAGGUAACCCCCAAAUCACGACAGGAAGCAAUCGAGGCGUUUAAGAAGAGCAUAUCGUACCGCACAGCGAAUUAUGCAAUAGCUAGGGUUCAGGCAGUGUCAAAUCACAAACUUAGAGUGGAAUUUGACACAACCGAACAACGUAAUGACACCCUACAAAAGCUAAAAUCGUCUGAGCACGUAAGCGUUGAGCCGGCUAAGGGACUGCGGCCAAUGAUUAUACUAAAGGGUAUAUCCAAAGAUAUACCAGCUGAAGAGAUAGCUGGUAUUGUCAGGGGGCAGAACCCAGAGUUGAAAGAGGCUUUUAUUGAGGACGAUGACAUGCGCCUCCGAUUUAGGCGUAGCAACAAAAACCCGGGGCUAUACAACGCAGUGUUUCUUGUGGCACCCAAACUCUUUCGUAAAUUCAUUGAAAAGGGCAAAAUCAGUGUUGACUACCAGCGACUACACAUCAGCGAAUUCUCACCCUUUCUGCAGUGCCACAGGUGUCUGCAGUUUGGGCACAUUAAAAAGUACUGCACAGCCGCAACUAGUCAAUGCUCGCACUGUUCCAGUAAGGAGCACACAGGCGAAAAAUGUCCUGAUAAGGGCAAACAAGGUGGCUAUCAAAUUGCAUUGCUGUCGGAGCCAUAUGUUGGCUUAGGAAAUGAGGUGCGACCAACUCAGGGACUCAACAUACAUCAAUUUGGUGGAAAAGGUAGAGUUAAGGCGUGUAUACUCACUAAACCAGGCUGCGGUCAGGUGAUUGGUAUGUCACAAUACUCUAACUCAAAUCUUUGCGUUAUUCAAUUCACAAGUGGCGGUCAUAAAAUACACAUAGCCUCCGCAUAUAUCGAACCGAAUUCAGACGAAAAUAACACAUUAGAGCAUAUAGAUAAUUUUCUCAAGAUCUCCCGAUGCCCAAAUACCAUCAUUGGCGGUGACUUUAAUGGAUGGCACCAUCUAUGGGGCAGUAAGACCAAUAACCCUAGAGGAUGUGCGGUAGUGGAGCUGGCACAUGCAAAUGAUCUCUUCGUUUGCAAUGUCGGCACCUCACCCACCUUUGAAACCGUCACACACGGCAGGGAUCGGACUUCUAUAAUAGACCUCACAUUGGCCCAUGGACACAUAUUUGACCGUGUAGUCGGGUGGAAGGUCAACCUCAACGCCUGCCCUUCAUCGCAGCAUAAUGCGGUGGAAUACUAG